CUCGUGAAGUGAAGAUUAAAACGUGGUAUACAGGAUGUUUAUAUUCAAAACAAAAAUGCAGCAAACAUACUAAUACUUUUUUGUUUGAAUGUUCUGAAUCUCUAACAGUUAUCAAUCACUGGUAAUAAACAGUUAUCAAUCAUUGUGCUAAUUCUUCUGAAGAGAAUUCUGAUGAUUCAAUUGUGAUUAAAAACUUGAGCGAAAAUAGUGUUAUUCCCUCUUGUGAAAAACCAUAACUACAUCAAGAAAUUCUGUAUUUGAAUGCAAUAAGAAAUAGUCAAAAUUAAGUACGCCAAAUCGUCUUUUGUGUGGUAUAUCCUUUUGGUAAUGACCAUGUUGGUCGUUUGGUUUGUUCUAACGUUUGGUUUAGUAACACAGCCCAGAACUAUCAUUGCGGAUAAAACCCAUGCAGCAAUCAUUGCAAACUCACCCACCACGAAAACUGAUUCCACUGUUAUAAAUGAAGAUCCCGAAAAUUCGAAAACAAAAGAUGGAAAAAAGCUAGAAAUUAUCAAACAAAUUAGGCGCGUAAAUAGUGAUGGUUCAUUCGUAGUUGGCUAUGAAGCUGUUGAUGGAACAUUCAAGAUUGAGAGUCGUGAUGUUCUUGGGAAUAUAAUGGGAACGUAUGGUUAUAUAGAUGAAAACGGCGAAAUUAAACGUGUUUCAUACACGGCAAAUAAUACAACAAAUGGUUUGAAAAGUGUUCAACAUCAAAUUUUAGACUCACCACGAGAAAAUAAAACAACAGCUUCGACUCAGAAAUCAUCUUCUGUAGGUAGCUCAGCUGUGCCUUCACUUUCCAACAUUAUUACCAUACCUAAGAUGCGAACUUAUUACGCUUCAACUCAAGCAACAAAAAAUUAUCAACAAUUACACACUACACCGAAAAUUUGGAAUAUGAACCACGACCAAAAGUCUGAACCAACUACGACUAUCGUUUAUGCAACAUCAAUGGAACCAACAGCUAAACCGAACACAAUGUCUACAACACGAUCUGUUCAAAAGACGGAUAAAAUAGAAAUUAAUGAACGUUUUUCAAAAGUCAUUAACGUUAACAAAAUUCAUAAAAUUUUAAAUAACACCGAUGUGAAGUCGGAACGUAGAAAAGUUAGGGCUAAUACGUUGAGGCGCCAAUUGUCAAAAGAUCAGAGUGAAAAUUUCGAAACUAAUCCACAAGUUGUAUACAGCCAAUCUUCGGAUGAAGAUUCAGUGCACGGUACACAACGAACAAUAUUUACUACUACAAGUAAUCCUCGGAUACCAGCGCUCGUUCUUGCAGCCCGGAAUAGAGCUGCAGUGUUGAAAAAUGCGGCAUUGCAAAACAAAAAUCAUGCAGAAAAAAUGUAUUCAAAAUCAUCUCGAUGGAAAUCUGAUCGAUCUGAAGAUAGUAGUUCGAUUUCGGAACCAUUGUCAGAAAAUGAAUACACAACACAG